AUGGUUUCUGAAUUCCGUAAAAAGAAGUAUCUUUACCUAUUCAACGGCUUAGACAGCGAUGCUAGCGGAACAAUUGAGAAGAAAGACUUCGAGAAGUCAGCAGAGAUGAUGGCGAAGUCUGCGGACGGGAAGGUUAACGAUGCCAAACAUAAAGAAUACCUCGACACGAUGUUGAAGAUCUGGGACGGGUUGCAAAGCCAAGCUGACUCGAACAAGGAUGGAAAAGUAUCUGCUGACGAAUGGGUUGCAUUGUGGGACGCUUAUGCAAAGAAUCCAUCAAGUGCUCAUGAUUGGCAGAAAUUGUACUGCAAAUUCUCAUUCCAACUUCUAGAUACUGGUAAUGACGGCUCAAUUAAAAGUGAUGAAUUCGUCAAAGUGUACGAAAUUUGGGGUUUCGAUAAAAAUGACGCUGUUACUAGUUUCGAAAAACUGUCAAAAGGUAAGGGCAGCAUUUCUUGGGCAGAUUUCCAGGAGUUGUGGGAGGAGUACUUCAAAACUGAAGAUGCCAAUGCGCCAGGCAACAUGCUUUUCGGUUUCAAAUGA